AGUUUUAAUUGCCGUAAAAUAUCACACAUAAAUAUUAUAAUUAUCAGCGACGUUCUAUUGAUUGUUACAUUUAUUAGUUGUUGUUUACGUUUGAGAAAUUAUGGGCGAUGAAUAUGCUGCAGUUAAAAGAGGAAAGCUUAUUCUAAAAGGAGACAAGCCUAAGGCCAAAAAACGUAAACACAAGAAAAAAGAAAAGUCAGAGGGCUCAAAAAUUGACGAAGAGGCAAUUAAACAUGGUGGUUGGUGGAAAGUUGAGAAAAUAGAAGAUAUUACUGGUUCUGUCUCUCUUGAGUUUGGUAACAAUUGUUACAUAUCAGCUUUGGAUAAUGGAUUGUUUACUCUGGGAGCUCCACAUGAUGAUGGUGAUGGGCCAGCUCCGGAAGAAAUAUUCACAGCAUUUCCAGCAGGAGAGAACAAGUUUGCUCUCAAGUCUGGCUACGGGAAGUACCUAGGCGUGACCAAAGAGGGCAUUGUUAUUGGCAGAUCUGAUGCUGUGGGUCCCAUGGAACAAUGGGAGCCUGUUUUUCAGGAUGGCAAAACAGCCAUUCAAAGUUCUUUAAGCAAAUUCAUGUCGGUUAACCCCGAAGACGACUCGGUAAUAGCUCAGAGCCUGCAAGCAGGUCCACAAGAGUUUUGCAGUAUACGAAGUAAUAAGACUAAAGAGGUGAAUAAAGCUGUAUUACCGGAGGAAGAAGAAGGCAAUUUGGCAGAAGUGGAAGUUAACUAUGUCAAAAAGUUUCAAAAAUUCCAAGACAAGAGGCUGCGCUUGAACGACGGCGGGGUAUCGGAACUAAAACGUGCUAAGGUAGACGGCACACUGCAUGAAACUUUGCUAGAUCGGCGGAGUAAGAUGAAAGCCGAUCGGUAUUGCAAGUGAUUGACAUCAGAAUCGUAAAUAUGUUACAUAGUUUUAAGGUAAUAAAAUUAUAAUGAUAAAUUGGGAUGUUUUUUAGUAAUAUCCGCUUUUUACAAACGUACAUCCGCCUUUAUUGGAAUCCGCACCUAA